AUGGCGUCUUCCCUGAGCCGAAAGGCUGGUUUCAGACAGCUGGUAAGAGUUGCAAGCACACCGAGCCGAAUAAGCCAGCGAUGUUAUGCAAGUGCUGCUGCAGUCCCGACUUCGUCGACCAUACCAGCAAAGGAUCAGACACAGAUCAGACGAGAUGCCUCCUUGCCAAACCCAGAUCCCUCCGCAGACUCUCCAACGACGACAUUCCUCGACCAGUCCGCACCCUUUAUGAUUCCUACCUACGUCCGCCCACCUCCUAUGAUGGUUCAGGGUGAAGGUUCGGUCCUGUACGACAACGAGAACAGACGAUAUCUCGACUUUACUGCAGGCAUAGCAGUCAACUCUCUAGGUCACGCAGACCCCGAAAUCACAAGAAUCAUUGCCAACCAAGCACAAACACUAAUUCAUGCUUCAAACCUUUACCACAAUCCCUGGACACCGACAUUAUCCAAGCUUCUUAUCGAGGAAACUAAGAAGCAGUCACCCGGCUCGCCCCUCGACCAAGUCUUUAUUGCGAACUCUGGUUCAGAAGCCAAUGAAGCAGCAAUUAAGUUUGCCAGAAAGGUGACCUAUGCGAAAGAUCCCGACACGAAACAGAGGGAGAUUGUGUCAUUUCACGGCUCGUUCCAUGGUCGUACCUACGGAUCACUUUCAGCGACGCCGAAUCCGAAGUACCAGACUCCAUUUGGGCCCAUGCUACCUGGGUUCCGCUACGGCACAUACAACGAUGUGGAGGGGGUCAAAGAGCUGGUCAAUGAGAAUACUGCAGGUGUGAUCGUUGAGCCAAUUCAGGGUGAGGGAGGCAUCAAUGUGGCUACCCCGGAGUUUCUCAAGGCUCUUCGCCAAAGAUGCGACGAGGUUGGUGCAGUACUGAUCUUUGAUGAGAUUCAGUGCGGCCUGUCUCGUACUGGUGACCUUUGGGCCUAUACUGCUUCUGGGGUCCACCCCGACAUCCUGACCACCGCGAAGGCGCUUGGCAAUGGCAUUCCCAUCGGAGCCACACUUGUAUCGGGCGAGACCGUCGCACCCUUCAUCAAGACGGGGGAUCACGGAACCACAUUCGGAGGAAACCCACUUGCAUGCCGAGUAGCUCAUCACGUCUUUGGCCGUCUGGCAAAGCCCCAGUUGCAAGAAGAGGUCAGACUCAAGUCGACACUGUUCUUUAGUGCAUAUGAAACCCUGAAGGAGAAAUUUCCUGGUAUCAUCUCAGAGGUCAGGGGCCGAGGCUUGAUUGUUGGCUACCAAUUGAGUGACGAGGCCAAAGGCAAAGCUACAGAAAUCAUCACGGCGGCUCGAGAAAGAGGACUACUCGUUAUCACCGCUGGCGACGGUGUCGUCAGGAUUGUGCCUCCUCUUACCAUUUCGUACGAAGAGAUCAAUCAAGGACUGGCGAUAUUGGAGCAAGCAAUGGACGUUGUUUUCAACAAGCCUGAAGACGUCAAGGACACGAAAGGCCAACAGGAAAUGGCUGGACACUAG